CGAGCUAAUAGAAUGGACACAAUUCGUCUACAAGCUGCUGCGACGCGUUCACACGGCACGCGCGCAGUCGCAGCGGAGAGCCAAUAACAUAGCCAAUAGGCAAUAACAGUUAAUAAGCGUCGUCAUCAUCCCCUUCGUGACUGUUGUUGUUGUUGUCGUUGUCGAAGCCGAUGCCGUCGCCGUUGCCGUCGUCGUUGGCGUCGUUGUUCGGCUCACUACUGACGGCGGCUUCUUAGUUGACUUACACGCAUCGGACAUCAGUCAGUUGAUUGCCGUUGGCAGAAUUGGACGCGCAUCGGUUUAACGUUCAUCCAUUCCGGUUGUUUACAACUGCAACAAAAUCCCCUACCGCUUUUAUCUGUGUGUGUGUGCGCGCUUUUUUUUAUGUUGUUAAAUGUUUUAAUUGUCGCACAACGGAUGUGAAGUGAUUACAACCCAUUAGCCAACAAAAAUGACGGACAAUGAAAACGAUAUAAAGCCUGCUGAGGCAGGCAGUGAGUCCGUGGAGGCAAAGUCAGCGCCGGUGGAUACCACAGACGAGCUGGCCACUAAUCAAACAACUCAAACAGAUGAAGCAGCCAACGCGGAACAGUCGGCAGCAACAAAUGGCACAGCUCUGAUGGCAGCCACCAAACUGGCAGACGAUCCAGAACCCAGUCGAGAUUCCAAGCCCAUGAAAAAUGGCAUGGAUCUGGCGGAUACGAAGAAGUUUGAUAAUGUUGCCGAAACGGAGGGCCAGCAAAAGAAACUGCCGUAUCCCAAGUCGGUGUUCUUCAUCAUCAGCAAUGAGUUCUGCGAGCGUUUCAACUAUUACGGCAUGCGCACCGUCCUGGUGCUGUAUCUGAGUCGCAAACUGGGCUACUCGGACGAUACGGCAACGGUGGUGUUCCACAUCUUCACGAUGUUCGUCUACUUUCUGUGCGUCUUUGGUGCAAUUAUCUCGGACUCCUGGCUGGGCAAAUUCAAGACGAUUUUGUAUUUAUCGAUUGUUUACAUUUGCGGAUCGGUCCUGCUGACACUGGGCGCAAUUGGGCCACUUAACUUACCAAUGGAAACGUUCACCAUAUUGGGCCUGGCGUUGAUCGCACUCGGCUCCGGUGGCAUAAAGCCGUGCGUAUCGGCCUUUGGCGGUGAUCAGUUCAAGGUGCCGGAGCAGCUCAAGCAGAUCACCUCGUUCUUUUCCCUCUUCUAUUUUGCGAUCAAUGCAGGCUCACUGAUCUCGACGACGGUGACACCGAUUCUCCGCGAAGAUGUCCACUGUUUUGAUGACAUCAACUGUUAUCCGCUCGCGUUCGGUGUGCCCGCCAUAUUGAUGAUUAUCUCUGUGGUAGUCUUUGUACUUGGCCGGCCAUUGUACAAGAUUAAGCCACCGGCUGGCAAUAUGGUUGUGGAGGUGAGCGGGACCAUCUGGACGGCAAUAACGACCAAGUGCCGGGAGAAGAAGACCAAUCCGCGCGAACACUGGCUCGACUAUGCCGAUCACAAAUACGAACGCCAACGGAUCGCCGAUGUGAAGGUGCUGAUGCGUGUCCUCUUCCUAUAUUUGCCGCUGCCCGUCUUCUGGGCGCUGUUCGAUCAGCAGGGCUCCCGCUGGACGUUCCAGGCGACACGCAUGGAUGGCAAUAUGGGUUCAUGGGACUUAAAACCGGAUCAAUUGCAAGUGCUCAAUCCGUUGCUGAUUCUCGCCUUUAUACCUCUGUACGAUUUGGCCUUCUAUCCGGCACUGAGCCUCAUCGGCAUCCGUCGUCCACUGCAGAAGCUGACAAUGGGUGGCAUUUUGGCUGGCAUUGCUUUCAUCAUUUCCGGCAUUGUCGAACUCAACUUGGAGAAAACCUACCCCGCCUUACCCUACGGCCAGAAUGCCCAGUUGCGUGUCUUCAACUCGGACAACUGCGUCUACAACUUCGCCACCAACAUCGACGGCCUGGCGAGCUUCAAAGUUGAGCCGUACAGCGCCUACACGAAGAAGGAUGUCUAUGUGCCCGGCAGCUUCGAUUUGAAGUAUUCGAUCUCGACUACAGAUCCUGCGUGCAAGUCGUAUGCGGAGCAGACACAUACGCUAACCGAUAAGAAGGCGUGGUCGCUAUUCCUCAACGGGCGCAAUGAUACCAACGCUGUCUUCUGGGAGACGGACUUUGUGAACAAGCCGUCCGAGGGUUAUCCAUUGGUCCGUAACAUUGGCAAUGUGCAGCAGUAUCGCGAAAUUGUGUGGAGCUCCAAAAGUGGGCGUUACGAGUUCAAUGCCAACGAGACAAAGCUGCUAAAAGUGAGUUCCAGCGACUACGAUGUGUCCAUUGACAAUUACUCCCUGGGCAAGGUCAGUGUGCGCACCGGCGGUGUCUAUACCCUGCUCGUGAACGAGCUGCCCAACGGUGGAUAUGCGAAACUCGAACUGAUCGAGGUGACCGAGCCCAACUCGAUGAACAUGUUGUGGCUGAUACCGCAGUAUGUGGUGAUGACACUCGGCGAGGUGAUGUUCUCGGUGACGGGUCUGGAGUUCUCCUACGCCCAGGCACCGGCCAGCAUGAAGUCGGUGCUGCAGGCUUGCUGGCUUCUAACUGUUGCCUUUGGCAAUGUGAUUGUGGUCAUCAUUGCUGAGGCGGCUCUCUUCGAGUCGCAGGCCAGCGAGUUCUUCCUCUUUGCGGGCCUCAUGUUCGUCGAUAUGCUGGUGUUCAUGUUCAUGGCCUACAACUACAAGCCAAAUGAUCCCAACAAGCCCGAAGAGAUUGAGCCUUUGACCAAUGGCGACGAUAGCAAUGCGGAUCGCCAGAUCGAACAGCUCGAUAAGGGCAUCGAUAACAAGGGCAAGGAGAUUGAUGAGUAGACACACGAUCCCCUUCCUCUCUCUCUCUCUUCCUCUCUCUCUCUCUCUCUAUGUGUGUCUUCCGCCUCCUGCCAAUGUUGUGUAUUAUAUAUUAAAAAAAAAAAACAAAACAAAAAAGGAAAGAAAGAAAUCCCCACAAUCCUCCCUACGAUAAUUCAUACAUGUACUUUGUAUUCAUUGUCAAUUGUCCAUUGUCCAUUGUCCAUUUACAAUGUAAGUGUGCUCCUCUGCCCGGGUCAGCGAACGGGGAAUCUUCGGAUUCACGGAUUGAUGUCGGGUCGGACGUUGUUUAAUAUGCCAAGACAUAUGUUUUAACUAAUCUAAAUAUUAUUCAAAUAAAUGAAAAUUAUAAUCGUA